UAAGGGCCGCAAAUAUCAUUACCCUUAAAAUUUGGCCACUAAAUUAAUUCUAAAAUUUUCCUCAGAAAUCCAGAAACCCCGAAUCAACAAAAUUCCCGGCAAACAGCUUUCUUUCUUUAUCCUCUCCACUCUCUUUUAUCACACUGAAAACCAGCUUAAACUACAACCCAAUCGAAAUUUAGCAAUUUCCCUUCCUUUGAUCCUUUAUUCAUGUUAUCCGUUGUUCAUCACCCACUCUUGUUUCUACUUUCUGGCAACUAUCUAUCUGAUUUUGUAGAUUUUUAAUCAAAAUUUAAUCAAACGGGUGAACUCCCAGAAAUCUGUACGAAAAUUGAAAUUUAAAGCAAUUCCCAGAAUUAAUAAUGUGGGUUGCAGCAACCCCAUUGAAUUACUCGCGCUUCUUCAUAAUCAAACGCUGCAAUCGUUCUCAAUUUCGUGUUCAAUGUUCAGAUAAUCCUCGUGGAUUCGGCUCUCAAGAUGAUUCUAAUAGUACGAAAAAAUGGAGCACUUCAAAGCAAAGCAAAUCAGCAAAUACGAAACCUAGCUCCAUGCCUGGUCAAGCACCAGGAGUGGGUUCAAAGCCUGAAAAAAAGUAUACGCAAACGUUUUCUGAUUUGGAGUUCGAGGGAAAGCUUCAAGCUGUCAAAAGGUCAGCUCUUGAAAAGAAAGAAUCAGAGACGACGAUAGAGUAUGGGGCAAUUGAUUAUGAUGCACCAAUGGAGCCAAAGCAGAAAACAAUUGGGCUCGGGACAAAGAUCGGAGUUGGAAUUGCUGUUGUGGUCUUUGGCCUUGUUUUUGCUCUGGGAGACUUUCUACCAUCUGGAAGCCUAAAUUCCAGUGAAGACAAUGGCCCAGUCAGUAAAAAGCUGUCUAAAGAAGAGACAGCAUAUCUUCAGGUAAACAGCGAAAGGCUUCAGCAGUAUGAGGCAACCCUGAGCUCUUCGCCUAAAGAUCCUGUUGCUCUUGAAGGAGCUACAGUGACAUUAGCAGAACUUGGAGAAUAUGCUCGGGCUGCUACUUAUCUCGAGGAUUUGACAAAGGAGAAACCAAGUGACCCAGAUGUCUUUCGCCUGCUGGGGGAGAUAAAAUACGAGCUCAAAGAUUAUGAUGGAAGUAUUGCAGCUUACAAAAGUUCAGCAAAGGUGACCAAAGGUAUAGAUUUUGAAGUUCUGCGCGGCCUUACGAAUACGUUACUUGCUGCUAAGAAGCCAGACGAGGCUGUUCAGGUCCUUCUGGAUUCCCGUGAACGUCUCAAUAACGGAAAAUUAAGUGAUAGCACUAUCAAGACUGAAAAGACUUCAGAGGGAAAUGACACCCUGGAUGUGGAUCCAAUCCAAGUUGAACUGCUGCUUGGAAAAGCCUACUCAGAUUGGGGUCAUAUCAGCGAUGCGAUAUCUGUUUACGACCAAUUGAUUUCUAGUCAUCCUAGUGACUUUCGGGGUUACUUAGCUAAGGGGAUAUUAUUGAAACAAAAUGGCAUUGUUGGAGAUGCAGAGCGGAUGUUUAUACAAGCACGUUUUUUUGCUCCUGAGAAAGCAAAGGCAUUUGUUGAUCGUUACUCAAGAAACUAAGAGUAGAUAAUAUCCUUCGGAUUGCAUAACGAGGAAGAAAUGGAAUCAAAGAGAUACUCCUUUGUGUCCUAACAUACAAGUCAAAAAAACUGAUGGUAGAAAACUGUGUGCGCUAUGUCAUAUUUUGGCUCUCACAACAAUUAUGGUACACUAAAAAAAAUCACUACAUUAUUAAACAUUAAUGUGCCAUGAUCGUAAUCCUUUCUUGCUCCUGGCCAACCUCUCUGCUCCCGGUGCUGACCACCUCCUCGAUUGCAGUGCCAGCAACCCCCCUGUGUUCUUCAACGUUGUUGAUCUGAUAUCUGGUAAAACUUAGUCAGAAGCAUUAGAUAGUGUUCAUAAUAAGUGACAAUCCUAUGUUUUUCAUCUGAUUUCCAAUGUUUUUUGUUUUUAUGAAUUCUAGAAUGAAGAUCUAUAUAUAUUAUGGAAUGAAUAAAGUGAAUGUAAAAUUUCUAA